AUGUCAAUAUUAAGUGAGUUUAUGCUUAGAAGGAUUGAAAUUUUUGGAUUAAGUCCAGAUUUAUUCAGCACAAACAGUGACGAUGGAUGAAUUCAUGCAGUGCUGAGAAAGCAUAUGUUUAGAAUUUAUCAAAGAAACCGAGAGGGGCUUGAUGCGAUAGGUAUUUAUUUGUCUGGGUGGUAUAAGAAAUACAGCAAAGAAUGGCCAUUUUAUCUUGUUCCUUAUUGAUUGCAUCGAGCUUCUCAGAAAUAA